UGGAAAUAAGUGGAAAAGGUGCUAAAUGGAGACGAAAGGAUACAAAUAAUCGCCCUGGAGAGAGAGAGAGAGUGGAGGAGCGAGUUAUUGCAGUGCACUUUUAAUCCAAGAGAUCGAGGCGCCGAUGCAAACGCGUAAUUCUGCGUAUGGGAUCACCAUGAAAAAGAAGGUGUCUUGAAGGUGUUCGUCAUCUCAGUCCGCGAAAAACGCGGUGCAGCCAGAUCCGAAGAUGAAAUGCGACGCCAUACUUUGCCUCUGUUUUAUAUUGCCUUUGGUGACCGAUCUCUGCUGGGGAGGCGUCAUCCAUGCAAAAGCCUGCAACCGCACCAUCAGAACUUCAGUUGGAUGGGUUCACUGGACAGGACGAAUGGGCAGAUGUGUCGUCAGGAUUAGAGCACCGUUGAGGGACCCUCAGGUCGUAGAGCUGAGAAUCCGCAGACUUCAGGUCGGAACUCUUCGGGACUCGAUCUGCCACGGUGCCUACGUCCAGUUUUCCGAUGGCAUCGAAGACCUCGAGGACGAUGUCGGACGGUACUGCGGACACGUGACCGGAAACGCAACCAGACUCUUCUUGAGGAAAGGUCCGGAACUAAACAUCGUGAUGGAUUCUGACAAGAGCUUCGCCGACAAGAAUCCAGUGAUAUUCUCAGCUCAAUUCUCGGUGCUUCCGGUUCGCCUGGCAAUAGAGAGACACGGUGGUUCGCUUCCUUCGGCAGCCGAGUGUUCGUUGGAUUGUUCGAACCACAAUUACCAGCGUCAAUGCAGGAUCACCUCGCCAGGAUUCCCUGGCGUAUAUCCGAGGGGAAUGCGAUGCAGAAUAUCGCUCGAGUCGACCUCGGGCAGGUUCAAAAUCGGUGGGGUUCCCGACGACAUCUUCAGCCUGAUGAACUACACGGUGCAGGACGGAUGCAGGACCGAAAACUGCGAGGACUCGCACGUGGAGGAGGACCUGCGAUCUUCAGGGGAGGAAUCAACCCACGAGACCAAGGUUUCCGAUGAAUCGAGACACCGAAGAGGGUUGAAGAGCUUCGACUACCGGCUGGACGAGGACGACGAGGUGAUAAUCGGCAGCGACGUGAGACAAAGGAAACCGAAGACGAUUAACGAGAGACGAAAAACGGUGGAAGGUAACCGGCGGAGGAAGGUGAAGAGUAGAAGAGGACGAGGAAAAGGGGGGAGAAAAUCCUCAGGCCUGAGAUUUGACGAGGAUUUUUCUCCUCCUUCAGGGGCAGGCGAAAAGACGUUCGAGGGCCAGAUGAGGAGGAGCAGCGCCCUCUUCGACCACAGAUUUCAGCGACGACACAAGUCCUCCGAGAAGUUCGACGGGUUUCGUUGCGUCGGCGACUAUUUGGCGAUAUACGAAAACCUGAACGGCAAGAUCGUCGAGAUAUCGAAAUUCUGCGGCGAGGGUAACGUUCCGGAAAUAUUGUCACGCGGUCGGAACGUGAUUGUGGAAUUUGCGAGCAAACGCGAUGGAACCGUGAUGCACAACGGGUUCAGGCUCACCCUGCAGGAGACGAAAACCGAACACAACGAGGCCGCUAGCCACCGGAAACACUGCGAUUUCGUGUACAAGAGUUCGGACCGGGGCACCAAGGAGAGCAUCAAGUCCUUCCAGCAUUGGUACCCACCCAGCACAUUGUGCAGUUACAAAUUCGUGGGCAAAACUGGUGAGCGGGUCUUCGUCCAGUUGAAGAUAAUCCGCAACUUUUUCGAAGACGCUUCACCAUCCGUAGAUUCGCGCCGAAAUUCAAGCCUGAAUUACUGUCCUGGCAACGAAAUCACCGUCUACAAUGGCGCCUUUACCAACGACUCACUCGCCUGGUCCUACUGCGACAUCCUCCACUCGGAUAUAAACAAUAUCCAGGUACCGGUCACGUCGACCGGCAAUGUUUUGCUCGUCCAGUACUACAGUUGGAAAGGGUCAUUCAAUGGACAGGAGUUCACCUACGGUAUAUCGUACAAGUUUGUGAAGAAGUCAUCGAGUGGAGUAAGACGGAAACCCGUCGUCGCCCAGAACGAGACCAAGAUCGCGAUUUCCUUGAAGCCCGUCAAUUUUUCCGCCCUCAAUCUCACCGACUACGAGAAUUGCAAUUGCGACUUUUCGACGAGGAUCGGCACCUUCAAGAGCUGGUUCAUAGCGCUCGUUGUCCUUGGUGUCAUAUCGUUCUUUGGUGCCGUUAUCACCAUCGUUGCGCUCCUCAUGAAGUGCCUGAAGAUCAGAUCCAUGGAGAACAAAUUGCUGCAGACACCGAAACGGUGAACGUCGAUAUUGAACUUGUGAUCGGCUUUUAUCGGAUGACGUAUCCAAAGCCGCUAUGUAUCAGGAACGUCUACUUCAAUUAAAAAAAAGUCGUCCAUUUUUAUCUGGUGGAAUAUCUACGUCUCUUUGUACCACCGAUGUCGUCGUAUCGCGUCAAUUGAACAACACGUAAUGCAUGAGAGGCGAUUUUUCACGAUGGCACGGCACCUAGAACUAUUUUAUAAGGUGUGUGAUGCGUUGUUUAAACUGCGUUAGCCGUAUAACAGUGUAAUUUAUUCGAACAUAUCUGAAUGAGUAUGCUUCCAUAAUGUUGUUUUACUGUCGAUCGUUAUUCAGGUUCAAUUAUUGGUUUCAAGAGAUCGUUCACAGAGUCGUGUAGAAUUGUUAACUGUGAUUACAUGUGUACACUGUGGGUAAUCGAUGCCUUCGUAAUUCCAAUAUACAUACAUACUUUAAAUGGCCUCAAUAUGAGAUACAGAGUUUAUUGAAUUCGGUUUCGAACUGUGCUGAUUUGGCUGCAUCACUGUGUGAAUUUUGAAGGUAUCGCCCAUAGGCACAAAGCGUCGAUGCAUCGAACUUGAAUAUCUUGUGAGUGAAUCUGAGCCCGUUGACUGAGUUAGACAUUAUUUUAGCGACUAACUAUAUUCUUACCAAAAACUAAAUGGAUAAAUAGCAUCACAAAUAUCAUGUACCUAUAAUAAUAUACCUUACUCUAUAUUUAUAUUUAAUAAAGAUUUACAUUACUA